UCUUUCCUCUUUAGGGGAACCAACUUGGAAACCACGGUACAUAAAAACAUAUAUAUCGCUGCAUUGAGAUAGACUUGAAGCCCCAAAAAAGACAGAGUAAUCGUCAUGGGAAACUGCUUUGGAGCUCCGGUAAACAACCACAGUAGUACUCCAAGCACCACCAAAUCUUCAACCCCAGCUGAAACACUAAAAAAUAUUGGCAAACAAAGUGGUACGACACCAAGCAACAGCAAUGCGACGCAAAGCAGCAACGUCUUCGUGGAAAGAACCUUGGGUGAAACCGCUCAGGCCGCCGGACGGGUCAUAACGCCCAAUCUGAAAGUGUACACUCUGGACGAGCUGAAGAGUGCAACACGAAAUUUCAGACCGGAUACGGUGCUAGGCGAGGGAGGGUUUGGAAGGGUUUUCAAGGGUUGGGUCGACGAAAACACGUACGCGCCGUCCAAGGUCGGCGUCGGACUAGCCGUUGCCGUAAAGAAAUCGAAGCCCGACAGCGGUCCCCAGGGCCAAGGGUUGCAAGAAUGGCUGGCUGAGGUGAAAUUCUUGGGGAAGUUCUCUCAUCCCAAUCUAGUUAAGCUCCUGGGUUAUUGUUGGGAAGAUAAACAAUACCUUCUUGUCUAUGAAUACAUGCAGAAGGGAAGCUUGGAAAACCAUCUUUUCAAAAGAGCUCCGGAACCACUUCCAUGGGAGACGAGGCUAAAAAUAGCAAUAGGAGCGGCUCAAGGGCUUUCUUUCCUGCACACAACAGAAAACUCAGUAAUCUACCGAGAUUUCAAGACUUCGAAUAUAUUGCUGGAUGGGGACUAUAAUGCAAAGCUUUCAGAUUUUGGGCUGGCGAAGUUGGGCCCAGCUAGUGGCCACUCGCACGUGACAACGCGUGUCAUGGGCACUUACGGUUAUGCAGCUCCCGAAUACAUUGCAACCGGUCAUUUGUACGUAAAGAGUGAUGUGUACGGAUUUGGAGUGGUGUUGCUGGAGAUGCUUACAGGCGAACGGGCUCUCGACCCACAUAGAGCCAAUGGUUUGUCGAGCUUGGUGGAAUGGACUAGACUGUCUCUCUCCGAGAAGAGGAAACUCAAGAAAAUAAUGGACACAAAGCUAUGCGAAUAUUACCCACUUGAAGCUGCAUUCCAAGCAGCGCAACUAAUACUAAAAUGUCUAGCAUCAGACCCCAAACAUCGUCCAUCCAUGGAAGAAGUAUUGGAGGAAUUGAUAAAGAUCAGCGCCAUUGAGAUGACAGCAAAAGAGAAAAAAACUUACAUCGCAAAGCAUGGUGCCAACAGACACCAAGAUCAGGAGCAGACCAAAAACCAUCGGGUCUCUCCCAAUCACCAAAAGCAUGCAGGCGUUUACGGUGGUGGAGGUACUAGAUCAGCUUAUCAUCUCUAGUUAGUGAAUGCAUGGCUUACACAUGAGAAGUGAUAUUUGCAAUUAUAGAAUGCACAAGCGUCACACAUUCAUUUUAAAAAAAAAAGUAAAUAUGAUCUUUCUUUUAAUAAUAGACCAACUAUUUUUCAAAAGGCGUGUGUAAUAUUUGCACAAUCUAUACAUGUAUCUAGUAUUACUCUUUACAUAUUAUUUAACAUUUGUACUUCUCUCUUUUUUUUUUUUGAGGCGGGACUUAGUAAUAUAGCAUGCAGCUUUGAGUUUUUAUUUUUGUGUAAAGAUAAUAAAAAUUACAAGAGAUUACAGAAAAUGCAGUUAAAUACACUACUUCAUCCUUAUAAAGAAUUACAUGCAUGGGUAUUUCAAACUUUAAAACAUCUCCCAUUUGAAUCUAAUCCUUCAGGAGCCCAUAUCUUCUUUAGAUGCCAGAUUUAGGCCCUGUUUGUAUAGUAAAAUAAAAUGAGAUGAUUUUAGAUGAAAGUUGAAUAAAAUAUUGUCAGAAUAUUAUUUUUUAACAUUAUUAUUAUUUUGAAAUUUGAAAAAGUUGAAUUAUUUAUUAUAUUUUGUGUGAAAAUUUGAGAAAAAUGUAAUGAUAUGAUGAGAUGAGAUGAGAUGAAACCGUUUCUGUAUCCAAACGGGGGCUUAUUUUCACUAGCAAUUAGCAUGUGCAGAUAAAAAAGCACUCUCGGCUUUGGGUUGUGUUAAUUUCUCUGCUGCAAAAGGUCGAGGGCCAGGGCAUAUUAUAAUGUGUUACAUCAUUGAGAUUUAUCUUUCAAAUCAAAUUAUAUCACGUAGAUA